GGAUCCAACAUACAGUGAAAAUUCAAAUACAAUCAUAUAUCAUCAAUAUUCAAAUGUUCAACUUAGAAUUCAAAAUGUACCUUUAGGAGAAGGGAAAACAAAAAAAGACACAAUUUGCAAUCCAAAGGAAAAAAUGAUGUCGUGUAACCUCUAGCUCGUGACCUUGUUGCUGCCUGCUGGUAGUGGUGUGCAAGGGUUUGGUUUGAACCGGGCUAAACUCAACAGAAUUGCGGUCCAAUAGGGUAAUACAUUUUAGGAUCAAGGGUUCUUGUGAUCUUCCUCUCAUCUGGUCAUCACAUCCAUAACUGUCUCUGCACAUAAUAAAAUGUAGGAAAUUCCUACAAUACCUUGAAGUUAUUGUAACUUUAUGUUUUUGACCUGCUAUAACAGGUUUCACAAGUCGCAUUACGUAAAAUAAAAUAGGCAUUACGUAAUGGUUACGUAAUGUGUGUUUAUCUUACGUAAUAGUUGAAAAAUGUCAUUACGGAAACCUUACGUAAUUGACACUCAUUUUACAUAAUGAAUAUUAACCUUUCGUUACGUAAUCUGUUAAAUCAUUACAGAAGACGUACAUAACGCUUCUAAUUUAACUGUUACGUAAGAAAUAACUAUCGUUACGUAACCUUUACGUAAUAGAUGCAUACUUUACGUAACAGUUGUAAAGUGGCAUUACGGAAGCCAUACGUAAUGGAUGGUCCUUUUACGUAAUGAAUAUUAAUCAAGUUACGUAAUGUGGCAAGUCAUUACGGAAGUCUUACGUAACACUUCUAAUUGAACUGUUACGUAAGAAAUAACCUUCGUUACGUAACCUUUACGUAAUGAUCGUGUAUAUUAUGUAACAGUUGUAAAAUAUCAUUAAGGAAGCCUUAUGUAAUAGAUGAUGCUUUUACGUAAUGAAUAUUAACUUAGCGUUACGUAAAAUAAUAAGUCGUUACGAAAAACCUUCCGUAACGCUUCUAGUUUAACUGUUACGUAAAACUAACAAGCAUUACGUAAUUGUUACGUAAUAAACAUUACUAUAUGCGACCUAUAAAACUUGCUAUAGCAGGUCAAAAAUGGCAAGUUAUAGUAACUUCAAGGCAUGGUAGGAGGUCCCAUGCAUGCAAGUCUGGAUUUGAUCUUGGUAAGUCAGAAAUAAACUGGUUCCAAUUCCCAAGAACUCAAUUGUUGGAACAAGUCCAUCGGUCCAUGUAUGGUAGUUAUUCACUUUCUUACAUGGACCCUCAAACGAAAGCCAACUUAUUAGCUUGAAAUUUGUACAGACCAAGCAUACCAUAUGUUUUCAAAGACAACGAUUAAUAUUGGAGAUCACUAAAACUUAAACACAUGAUCUCAAUAAACUCUAAUACCAUAUCAUUAAUGCACUUCUGAUGCCAAUAGUUUAAGUUCUUGGGAGAUAUCUAUAUAAUCUUAUAUAACCACUUCAUUUCAGGUAGUUGAUCGUGGCCAACCGGUUAUUGAUCAGCAGCCUUGUUGAAGGCAAAACUUGUGGUUGCCAUUCAAGAAGGAAAAAUCGUGUGGUUCCAAAUAAAAUGACGUCCAAUCAAAAGGGCGAGAUGACGAUUCACCUAACUAUAAUAGCAUUCUAGAUCUCUUUGGGAAAGACAAAAAAAAACAUAACAAAACAAUAGCAUAGCCAAAUCGAAAGCAGCAGGCAGGAAUAGCAUUUACAUAUCUAUAUGGGUGAAGGAGGAAGCAGCAUCGGCUCCAUAAACAAAUGGUCUCUCGACGGAAUGACUGCUCUCGUCACCGGCGGGACCAAAGGGAUCGGAGCCGCCAUAGUGGAGGAAUUGGCAAAGCUAGGGGCGAGCGUUCACACUUGCUCCCGCAGCCAGGAGGAGCUCAAUCAACGCAUCAACGGCUGGAGAGAAAAGGGUUUCGACAAAAUCACUGGUUCCGUCUGCGACGUUUCCUCUCGAGCCCAACGGGAGAAGCUCAUGGACGCUGUCUCUUCUCUCUUCUCCGGCAGCCUUAACAUACUUGUGAACAAUGCUGCAAGAGGGCUUUAUAAGCCAACCACAGAAGUCACAGCAGAGGAGCUGUCGAGUGUGUGGGAAACCAAUUUCGAGUCCGGUUUCCAUUUGUGCCAGCUCGCACAUCCUCUCCUCAAAUCUUCUGGGUCCGGAAGCAUCGUGUUCAUUUCUUCCGUCGGCGGUUCGACAUCUUUGCCCUGCCUCUCAGCUUACAAUGCCUCCAAAGGAGCAAUCGACCAGCUGACGAGGAAUUUGGCAUGUGAAUGGGCCAAGGACAACAUACGGACCAACUCUGUCGCGCCGUGGUACACUAGGACUCCAAUGGUCAAAGAGGCUUUUGAAAAUGAAGCGUUUCUGGCAGCAGUGGUGAAUCGGACUCCCCUGCGUCGGAUCGCAGAGCCAGAGGAGGUGUCGCCAUUGGUGGCCUUCUUGUGCAUGCCGGCUGCCUGUUAUAUUACAGGUCAAGUCAUUUCUGUUGAUGGAGGACUCACAGUCAAUGGUUUUAGCAUGUGAACUACUUACUCCACCCCCUACUGUUAUCCACUUUUGCAUGCUUGUUAGAAGAAUGCUAGUGGCUGUCUGUUUGAUUUUACAGUACUUCUCAAUACCUUGUUGAAUCCACCAACUGAAUUUUCUGGUCUUGUUAAAUUUUUUGUUUUUGGUAAUCUACAAUUUCAUAUAUUUGGGGUAUUAGGAUUUUGCCACGAUCUUCCACCUUCUCGAAUUUUGUCAUAUAAAUUCUAUGUUUGGGAACAAUUUUAUGUAUCUACUAGAUGGGGAAUUACGAUGUAGGAUUUUGCCACAAUCCUCCACCUUCUCCAAUUUUGUCAUAUAAUUCUAUGUUUGGGAAGACUACAAAAAGAUAGAGAUUUUUAACCAUGACGGAUUUCGAAAACCUCCAACCGUGGGAUUUUGAAAUAGCCGACCCCAAAUAUUUCGAAAUCGCUCACCAUUACUUUUUUUUUCCAAUUUUCUUCUUUUUAAAUUUAAUAAAUCAAGACUUGGUCUAGUGGUAUUACCACUAGACUAGAACUUGAAGGUCUCAGGUUCAAAUUACUUAAGUAGUAUCUUAAUAAAAAAAAAAAUAAAAACAUAUAUCACCCUUAUAAAAAAAUAAACCAAACCAUUGCCCUUCACUUCUUCCAUCGUCUUAACCAACAUAGCCGCCUUCUUUCAGAAAAUUGAAGGGGAAGUUUGGCCAUCAAAAUAUCGACUGAACCUACAACCGUCGUAGUUCUGUUGCUGUUCCAGGGAUUUACUACUGACCUGCCAGAUACAGAAAAUUAGGUCUCAACAGUCCUCACUGACCAAAACCCACAACUAAGUCGGAGAUGUAGCCGUUGCUGUUGCAGAUAAAGGGCUUUUUUUGUUAAGAGACGAAGAACUAAUGAUCCAUGACGGGAAGGUGAGGAGACGUAAUGGAGGAAGAAGCUUGAUUUACUUUGUUUCUAGACAGGCUCAUUUUUUUUUUUUUGACAACAUAGACAGGCUCAUAUGUCGCUGACAAAAUGAGGAAUUUGGUAGAGGGGAGCGAAAUUUUGAGGGAGUUGAAACUUUUAGUCUAGGGAUUUGUAGCGGGUGGCGGGAUUCUGGUCGCGACACUCCCAUCUCCAGCCAUAAUAACCCCAACCAUCGGAAGCCAAUCGACCUAGAUUUCUGGCGAGAAAGAUGAAGAGGGUAUGGUGCGACAGAGCCGAAGGGAGGCAGUCUCACGUACUCGACCGCACGUAUGAGGAUGAUGAGUGUGCUUUCGCCCACAUCUUCUGUUGCUUAACCGGCUGGAAGCUCAUACAAACGGAAGGGAGAUUCUGUCUCGACAACCACCCUACCCAGAGACUGUCAACUUUCCCAACAACCCAUAAUGCCAACACUUUCAUCUUAAAGAAUUAGCUUUCACCCCUCCCUGGAUCCAUCUUUUUUCGAGGAGGAGGAACAAUAAGGCCUUUCUUACGCA